CUCUUCAGAUGGCAGAACAAGCUAAAUGGGCUACAUCGAUUGGCAUCUCACUUGUGCUAGAAACGUGCGGUAUCGAGGUUAAGGAUAAACUUUUUGAGAUGAAAGAUAUCAUUAUACCAGAUCAAGUAUACAAGCUCAGAACAACGUUAAUAGGUAAAGGGGAUGGUGUCCCUAUGAUGAAUUCAAAAGCUUGGAAUGCUAUGUUUCCAUCAGACAGUCUGAAGGGUAUAUCAAAAAGCCCGAUGGCCAUUGCCAACAGUAUAGUUUACAAUAACGUAGUGUAUGGCAAUGAAUUAGGUAGACUAAUGGGACAUGUAGAUAAUUUGUUUUUAUACGACUAUGCGGUCGAAAGCAGAGAAUUUAAUAUCAACGAAUGGUUUUCUGGUGCCAGAAAUAAGAUAGCAAUCCUAUUCAAAUACAUGACACCAUUACAGGCAACAAGUACAUUGGGAAAUGUCAUUAGUUAUGAGAUGAUUAAAACCAAAUGUAGAGUAGAAGAAGCAAGCAGACGCUACUCUCAAGUAAAUAAAAAAAUGCCUGUAUGGAAGGAUUUAAGGGCAAUGUUACAUUAUAGAGUUGUUGAUGCUGCUUUCCUUAAGAUAGUGCCAUAUACUAUGUUGACUGUUGAUGAAAUGGAUAUAAUCGGAUUCGCUACAGUGUUACAUGACAUGGUUGAUUUUGGAUAUGAUGUAAGUGUCAAGGAAUCAAGCAAUACAUUUUUAACUAUUACGGGUGGUAAGAUAGACAUGGAUUCUGUAAAAAAAGGAUAUAUUCGUAUGGCAAAUGGGCUACAAUACAUCAUCGAAAGAUACAAAUACGAUGCAUGUGGGUUGACAUUCCUAGCUACUCACUUCUGGCAAAUAGCUAAUGGACAUCAUCGAAUUAUUCCAUCAAUCUAUAAUGGUGCAACUAACUAUCAGCAUAAGUAUUUGGAACUGAAAAGUACAUUGCUUGAUGUAUUGCAAGAUGAUAAUAAUAUUACUAAGAAAGAUAGCAUCGGAUAUGAUGCUAUAGCAAUUGCCAAACUUAUCACCAUAGAUAUUGCUGGUAGUUACGCUAGCGAUAUUGAAAUAUCUCCCCAAACCAUCAAUGUGAUCGAACAUGACUUCCUUUAUAUGGAUGAUAUGCGAGUAUAUGUGGUUAAAAACAGGCAUGAUGUUAUCUUGUUUGCUGGCACAGUAAAGAUUAUGCAUAACAGAAGACAAUCAGAUGAUAGAGGCGGAUUACAAUACAAAUGGUAG